GCUUUGUUUUGGAGAGGAGCGCUGAGGAGAUGUGGUCAUGACAUGAAUGAGAUUACAGUUCUGAGAAACUAUGCCCUGAGAAGAGAAAGGGGAAUACCACACCCUGAGAGUAUGAUCAUAGCUAGACUUCAUCAGUGUUGUUCCACCUCAGUACGAUGUGAAAAUAGCACCCAUGGCGAGAAACUGGUCAAUGGUUCCUGGAAAAAGAAAAAUGGGCUCAUGCAGAGAGAAAGACCCCCUGGGAGAGAAUCACCUCAACAAGAAGACAAGCACCCCAUGACCAAUGGCAUCGGUCGGGACCAGCCUGCUCAGCACGGGUCCAGAGUUUAUGGCGUGGUGCAGAGCACAGGCACCAGCCACCAACAGGAAGUGAUGGCACGCGAGUCGUCUGUCAGUCACCUGAGGGAUGAGAUGAGGUACAUCAGAGAGGUACGUGACUCUUUGGAAAAAGUCAGAGAGCGGAUGUAUGGCCAGUUUGGAGGGAUGCAACAAUCAGUGCAAAAAUUAACUCAGGAAUUAAAGGCAGCCAACUCUCAUAAGCGUUACCUUGAGUCAGAGGUGAGGACGAGAAGUGUAGCUAUGGAGAGCUUUGACCACAUGAACAGCUCCCUCAUAUCAGCAAACAUUGAUCUACAGAAAUCAUUGCUGGAAAGCUGUCAAAAUCGUGUGGGGAACAGAGAUGAGAAGAAAGCUGUGCGCAGCUCGUUGGAGAAGACAGAGGAAAAACUCAAGGAAACGGAAAGACAGCUAGCAGCAGCACAGGCUGCAAACCAGUCUCUCAAAAAUCAGGUGGAGACUUCUCAGGAGGCCAAGACUCAAGCUUUGAAAGAGUUGAGUGCUCAGCUACAGAGGGAAUAUGAGGAACAGCUGCAAGAACAGCAGAGGAAGUACAGAGAGGAGAUAGAGGCUCUGCAGGCACAGCUUGAUGACUACAUGAGGAGGCUUGAGGAGGCGGAGAGGAAUGCUCGGAUAGCUGAGGAAAAGAUCGCUGAAAGAGAUCAAAGAAUUACUGAGGUGGAGAGGCUACUAAACUGUAUGGCUCAGGAGAAGGGUGACCUGAUAAAAAAGCUUUGUGAAUGUGAACAACGCUUACAUGGUUUGGACCAAACUGACCAUGCAGACAAAGCUGUGGCCAAACAGUCCGAGCAGCUGAAAGAGGAAGCGGCAGAACUGAGAGAGCGAAUAAAGCAUCUCAACGACAUGGUGUUCUCUCAACAGAGGAAGGUCAAGGCCAUGAUAGAGGAGGUUGAAACAUUGAGAGCAAAAGUUGCACAGAAGGAUAUGUUCAUUUCUGAGCUGCUGGACAGGAUUGCCAUAGUGGAAUGUGAGAAUAAUGAGUUAGGAGACAAGUUGAAGUAUUUUAUGUCUAUACAGAGAGCAUCUGAGACUAAAGUAGCCACCCGGGACAUUGGAGUUGGCUGUGACCUCCCCAUUAGAUCUGAGGAGCUGCCGGAUAUCACUCCUGUCCAACCCAGCCCCAUCUCAUCAGCCCCAAGAUCCUCUAGCAGACUGAACUAUAGUCUUCUUAAAUACACUCCUGGUCAGUACAGCACAAUGCUGCGCUCCAGUGUAGUACAUACACAAGAAACUGCAACCAGUCCCACACAAACGGCACCUCUGUCUUCAAGUUAUGUUCAGACCAGCCAUGAAGACGGGGACUCCAAAUCUCCAACAGGCUCAGAACUGUCCUCUACCACCAGUCCUAGAGCGAGAACCAGCCCGUCACAGAUCUACACUCCUUUUAUGAAGCUGAUGGAAAUGAGCUCUAAAAUGAACAUUGACUGAAUAAAGUUUUACUGAAAUGGCAGUGGCAGAAGCUUAUGGGACAUGAAGUAUUGUUGUUGUUUUUUACUGUUUAUGUAACAUUACAGUAC